AUGUUCGAUGUUUUAUUGACUCCUUUACUGUUUGUCACCGUUCUCAACCCAACUGUGAUUGCAUCCGAAAGUGCGGGGAAUUCAACCGAGGCAGGAAUCUAUGCCGCCAGAUGGGAAUUUCACGAAUUCGCUGUCCACAUUACUGUGAUUCUCUUCCUUCUUGUGAUUGUUCUCAUCAAAAUGCUUUUUCAUCGCAUCCCUCAUCUGACGGAAUAUGUUCCCGAAUCAUUGCUUCUAAUCACACUCGGUGGUAUCUUCGGAGCUAUUGUACGGUACGGCAUCAGAGUUGGUUCGUUCGAAGCGACCGUCUGGCAACUCACACCUGAAUUGUUCUUCACCUACCUACUCCCACCCAUUGUGCUGGAAUCAUCUUACUCUCUAUACAAUCGAACUUUCAGUGAAUACCUUGGAGUUGUAUUGAUUUUUGCCGUACUUGGAACCAUUUUAAACUUUCUGAUUAUCGGGUUUGCCAUGUAUGGGCUUAUGCUUAUCGGUGCAAUGGGAGAACCUCGUGACCAGUUUGAUUUGAACGGAUUCCUUUUGUUUAGUUCUCUUAUAGUUGCAGUGGACCCGGUCGCUGUGUUGGCUAUAUUUCAAGACAUUGGAGUUGAACUGAGUUUGUACUACAUUGUUUUUGGUGAAUCUCUCCUGAACGAUGCAAUCACCGUCGUUCUCUACGACAUCAUGUCUGCCUUUGCUGGUGCGCCCAAUGUAACUGGACAACAGAUUGGUAUCGGCAUUGCUUCAUUCUUUACUGUUAGCUUUGGUGGGCUGGCUAUCGGCGUCCUCGUUGGUAUUGCUUCAUGCUUGAUAACGAGGAUGAAGAGUCACCUAGAAGUCUUCACUCUUGUGCUAUUAGCCUAUUUCUCUUACAUCAUGGCUGACUGUGUCGGUUGGUCCGGAAUCAUCUCCAUGAUCGGAUGUGGCCUUGUCCAAGCAGCCUAUGCGUUUCACAACUUGGAACGAGAUUCGGUUCAUUUGGUGCACAAACUUUGCAAACUGAUCGCCGAAAUGAGCGAGUCAGUGAUCUUUCUUUUCCUUGGAAUUGAGGUUCUUAGCGGACAUCUUGUUUGGCAUACGGGUUUCAUCUUGUGGAGUGUGGUGAUGUGUCUUAUAGCUCGUGCUGUGGUCGUGUUUGGUAUUACAGCAGUUGUCAACGCCGUUCGUGUAGACGGUACAAAGCUUUCGCUGGCCAAACAAAUUAUACUGGUCUACGGUGGCUUGCGAGGGGCUGUUGCGUUUGCGCUCGCCGUUUUGAUUCAAGCAAAACGUCUUGGUCCCCAUGGGGCUUACAGUAGAGAUGUAAUGAUCACAGCAACCCUAGUCAUCAUCCUAUUCACUGUGGGUUUCAUGGGUUUGACCAUGAAGCCUUUGGUAAAAGGAUUGAAGAUCCGCAUGGAAGGAAAGAAGAAACUUAGCCUAUUCAAUGUUCUCAUGUCCAAUUUGUUCGAUGAAACGCUGGCAGCAGUUGAAAUCAUUACGGCUGCCAAAGGACGAAACGCCAUUCGUGAUGCAUUCAAACGCUGGGACGAGAGACAUUUUCGCCGAAUUCUCCAACGAGAGCCAUCAACAUAUGAUGAAAAAUUUAUGGAUGUGUACGAGAAGAUCGCUUUGAAGUUGCACUUUGCUGCAAUGCAGCCGGGCAAGCAAGAAGUCUUUCUGGAUGACAUACCGGAGACGUUGAAACGAAAAUAUUUGGAGAGGUUGUAUUCCCAGUCCACCCCUACGUCCACAAGUCCAACCAUGUUUGACAGCGGAAUAGAGGAUGCAGAGACCCCGACGCGUGUCAGUGUGAUUUCCAGACAGAUUGAACCUGCAGAGUUUCGCGGACUGCUACUAUCAUCCCGUAAGACCAGUAUUAUUCCACACAAUCGACGCCAGACUAACUUGGACGAGGCGGUGGCAGAUAUGGUUAUGGCCAGAACGAGGGAAAUUCAAGAACGUCGUAAGUCACUUGUGUCCGUCAGUCGUAAUCUUGGCUUGGAUAACGAUGCUUACGUACCCGAGGAGGGGCAACGUUCCACUGAUGCGUCUCAGACUUUAUCAAAGAACCAGGAAAUCAAAGCGAGAAAGAUAUCAUUCUGGACAGAUUGUGACGAACUGCAGCUACCGAGCAGUGAGGAUCGGUAUCGAACGGAUCUCUAA